AUGUCGCAAUCCAUCCCAUCCCACUCCGCCCUUCUCAUAAACCUCUUCCAAGACCUCUCCGGCUCCUGGCUGCUCAACCGUAAGUUACAAAGUGCCGACAGUUCGGCACCUUCCGGGCGAUGUUCAGGCACCGCGACAUUCACAACCCGUGCUCCAUCACCCGUUCUUGACGCCGAUGGAAACCUUCACAUUGCCCAUGCAGAACUCUUGUAUCAUGAGCAGGGCGAGUUUGAGAUGAUGAAAGCCGUCGGCAACAAUUUGGCGAGCGUUCCCACCUUCACCUUUGCGAGAAAAUACAUCUGGCGUCUGCAAAGAACCGAAAAUGCCGUCACAAUCAGCAUAUGGUUCACCAAGCCAGGAACUGAGACCAUCGACUACCUCUUCCACAAGAUAGAUCUUCCUUUCGACAACGACUCAGAUUCGCAGUCGGAUCAGAGGCUCGUCCUCCACGGCACAGGAGGUCACCUCUGCGUUGAAGACUUUUACAACAGUUCCUACUCAUUCACAAUGAGCCGAUCUGACCCGAGUUUGCCGUUGACUCUGUCCUCUUGGACCACCGUCCAUGAAGUCCUGGGCCCAAAGAAAGAUCAAUACAUUGAGACAACUUUCGCCAGACCCUAA